CGCUGACGGUGUAGGAGGCUGGGUCGACAGCGGGGUCGACCCAUCUUUAUUCUCACAAGCAUUGAUGUUUCACGCCCAUCGAUACUCUAAACAUGCUUGGGCUGGGGAACCGGAGAUCGAUCCUACAUUGGACUAUGAGGAACGGGAACAGGUAGAGGGAUGGGAGAUGACACCACAAGAAUGCCUGGAACUCUCAUUUGAUGCUGUACUACGGGAACGGAGCGUACUAGCUGGCUCCAGCACGGCAUGCCUACUUAACCUCAAUGCUUCAUCGGGCGUCCUGCGGUCAGCAAAUCUAGGAGACAGUGGAUUCUCGAUAAUCCGGUCAUCGCAAGUGGUCUUUCGACAAGAGCCCCAAACACAUUUCUUCAAUUGCCCAAAACAGUUGACAAAACUGCCUCGUAGCUCUCGCAGAUUCUCCAACUCAGCCGUCGACUCGCCCAAAGAUGCAGAUCUGCACGAGACGCGCCUACGAGACGGAGACAUCGUCGUCGUUUACACUGACGGCUUAUCAGACAACGUGUUUCCGUCCGAGCUGGUCUCGAUAUGCUCCCUCGUAGCGCGCCAGAUGGGCGGGCGGAAAACCGAGGACGAACAGGCGCAGACAAUGGCGAAUCGUAUCGUCGAGUAUGCACGAUUGUGUAUGCACAACAAGCAGCGAGUCAGCCCGUUCGAAAGAGCUGCUGCGAGGGAGGGGAUGUAUUUCCGCGGAGGAAAAGUGGACGAUGUAACAGUCAUUGUCGCGCUCGUCCGCGAGACCGCAUAGCAAAAGCCGAAGCAUCGGCACCGGCAGUCUCGCGACAUGCACCGCGUCCAAGGUAUACCACAGCGAGCCCUGGAGCCACCAUAGACAUUGUUUACCCGCUAUUUAUACUACUGUAAUACAUAUUUAUGCUGCGCCACCCAAUACACCCGCAAACACACUUGACGUCCCAUGCAAGCGACUGCACUAUGAAAGCAAGAACGGACAACAACCGUCCGCAUCAAACCCGCACACCAAUUCUUAACCCGCUCGCGCACCUCACAGCCGCCUCUCAAUAAAGCUCUCAAUCACCCCCGCAGUCGUCAACGGGUACUCCUUCAACACCACCUCGUGCCCGCUCACGAACGUAUUCGGCUGCACGAAGAUCUUGCGCGGCUGCUU